AUGCCCCGCGUUUUCCUCCCCCAAGUCUUGUGGCACUGCAAGAAUAACCGCCUCGCGGAUCGCGUGUACUCGGUGGAUGUACAGCCUGUGGCAAGGCGGCCUGCUAAAGCCGACAGCGCCGAUGCCUUCAGACGCGAUCUCCAAGAAGAAGAGACGCAGGAGUGCUAUCGCAUCGCCACUGCAGGAGCAGAUGAGUUCAUUCAUCUGUGGAACGUCGACUUCUCAACAGGAUCCUUGGCAGUGACGUGCCUCUCGCGGCUUGUAGGCCACGAACAAGAGGUGAACUGCGUUCGAUGGAAUCCUGAGGGAACCAUUCUUGCAUCUGGAGGAAGUGAUAACGCUGUCUGUCUGUGGGUCAAAAGCCACAAGCCAGACUCGGUGCCUCUUGGCGUCGAUGCGUCAGUGCUGCAGUACCAUGAAUGGUGGUCACGCACGUCCUCCUUGAGGAGGAGCGAUGCAGUCAACACCCUCUCUUGGUCCCCUUCGGGAAACCAGCUCGCCAUCGGCUGCGAGGAUGGACGCGUCAUUGUGUGCGACGUUACUGGAGGCACCCUCGCUACAAAAUCCAUUCGUGUGCUGGAAGGGCACUCGCACAUCAUUCAAGGAAUCUCCUUUGACCCUCUGGGGAAAUACAUUGCCUCGCAGAGUAGCGAUCAAACAGUGCGCCUUUGGUCCCGUAGAGCUGGACUUGGCACCCAAGGGGUUCCCGUUGCAGCAGCGGCAGCUGCGGCAGGAGGCCCAGCGCAGCAGCCGCAGCCGCUGCAGCCUGCUGCUGCUGCUGCUGCUGCUGCUGCUGCUGCUGCAGAAGUCUCUUCCGGCAGUGCGCCUCUUCCUGCAGCCUCAGCAGCAGCACCAACUGCUGCUGCGCAAGGCCGUCCUCCAGUGUGGCGAUGCGAAGCGGCCAUCAAGAGCUGGUCAAAGCCUGGAUCAGCGCGGGAUGUGGACGCGCUUCAAGAAGAUCGAGAAAACGAGCAGCGGAACGGAGGCACCUCAGCGGCUACAGGUGGGGGGCCUGGUCGGGUAGGCGCUCCUUUGCGUCAAUUGUUUCUCGCGGAGAAUCAGCUGCCCUCCUUCUUUAGACGCCUCGAUUGGUCUCCCGACGGAUCUCUGCUGGUUGCUCCCGCGGGGAUGCAGCAACAGGUGUCGGGGACAGAAGGCGAGCCGAGUCCAAGCUCCACUGUGGAUAUUGUGGGGGAAUGCAGCAGUGGCUCUCCAAGCAUCUCCCCUCGUGCCUUCAAUGCCUCCCCCCCCACGGGAGCCGCGUCGGCGCAGGACGCUGCUGGCGGCUGCAGCACCAGCAACAACAGCAGCAGCACCAGCAACAACAGCGCCGGGGAGUCCUUCUAUGCUGCAUACGCCUUCCAUCGCCGACUGCUGCAGCACAGCACAUCUCCCUUUGUUACGCACCGUCUGGAAACAGGACCCGCAAUCUGCGUUCGGUUUAAUCCGUGUUUUUUUGCCCCUCUUCCGAUGCCUGAAGCUUUGGGAAAGAGGUGUCCACCGUCGGCUUUAGGAGAGAUUUCAGCUUCCCCAUGGGCUCCCUCUAGCGACAAGGCGGCCGCUGCAGAAGCGCUUGCUGAACAGUAUACUAAAACACGUUCGUGGCUAUUCAGGAGUGAGGAUCGGCAGCACAUGGUGCCUCUGAGCGGCACGCGGAAGAAACUCGACGGGCAGGAGAAUCUCCCUCCGAAGAAAUUGCAGAAGGACUCGCCUCAGAAGCAGCCAGAUUUCGAGAGUCUGCUGCAGGAAGGCAUGAAUCUAGACACGGAGCUUGGCGGUUCUGCCGGAUUAGACGGAACGUGGGAUAGUGGCGCGUCUGAAGACUGCGUCUUCCCAAGAUUCGUGUAUUCGAUUUGUACGCUCGAUGGCAGCGUGCUCCUAUACGACACACAGUUCCUUUGCAGGCCCUUGGCCGUCUUGCACCGUCUGCAUCUCGCGCCAAUGACGGACUGCAGCUGGAGCACCGACGGACGGCUUCUUGUGUGCAGCAGCAGCGACGGCUAUAUAACGUUUGUGCUGUUUACGGCAGCUGAGCUCGGGCAGGUGCUGUCUUUCCCGAAGGCCGUCAGUUCCCCACAAGCUGCCUACCGCCCCUCCGAGCAGUCCAUGGCAGGCGCAGUAACCUCCAAGCUAGAAGCAGGUGCUCCUCAGCCUCGGCUGUCUUGCGUGGAAGGCGCCGCCAUCAGUUCUUCGGAAGCUGAAGCCCUUCCCAAGCCGCGCUUGCUGGUGCUUGGCAAUGCUCGUGCAAAGGUCCUCGGAGGAUGUCUGGACACAGCUGUAGCGUCUCCUUGCACGAGUGCUCCUUCACAAGCGACUCCGCAGACGACCCCCGCUGUCGGCUCUCCAGCUGUGACCGUUGUCAGCUCGGCGCCUGGCAGCAGCGAGCCACACCCCCCAUCUUGA